AUGGUCCAAUAAGUGGACAAAGGGAAGGGAAAAAAGAAAAAGAGAUUUUUCAAGAUGGGAACUUGCUGGGGUUCUCCAGCUGGUAAUCCAACACCAAGCACCACUGGUCAUCUCAGUUCAGUGAUAUCUCAGACAACCAACAACACAGCAUCGUCUGCAACUUCUAGGGGCAGCAACAUCUCCCGAGACAGUGGGUUCUCAGCUUCAAGUGGGGAUGAGGCUUUUCCAAAUGGACAGAUCUUGCCCACUCCCAAUCUAAAGAUCUUCAGUUUUGCGGAACUGAAGUCUGCAACUAAGAAUUUUAGGCCUGACAUGGUGCUUGGCGAGGGAGGUUUUGGCAAAGUCUUCAAAGGUUGGCUUGAUGAGAAGGCACCAGGAAAGAGUGGAAGUGGAACCCUCAUUGCUGUUAAAAAACUUAACUCUGAGAGCUUGCAAGGAUUUGAGGAAUGGCAGUCAGAGGUAAAUUUCUUAGGAAGGUUGUCUCAUCCUCACCUUGUAAGACUGCUGGGAUACUGUUGGGAGGAUAAAGAGCUUCUUCUUGUUUAUGAGUUUAUGCAGAAGGGCAGCCUGGAAAACCAUCUAUUUGGAAGGGGUUCUACCGUUCAAUCACUUGAAUGGAAUAUACGGCUUAAAAUUGCAAUAGGAGCAGCGAAGGGCCUGUCUUUCUUGCACACAUCAGACAAGAAAGUAAUUUACAGAGAUUUCAAAGCCUCGAAUAUACUGCUUGAUGGGUCCUAUACUGCCAAGAUAUCAGAUUUUGGGUUGGCCAAAUUGGGUCCUUCAGCUAGCCAAUCACAUGUAACAACAAGGGUCAUGGGUACAUAUGGUUAUGCAGCUCCAGAAUAUGUUGCUACAGGACAUUUAUAUGUAAAGAGCGACGUGUAUGGUUUUGGUGUUGUUUUAGUUGAAAUAUUAACAGGCUUGCGAGCACUUGAUCCAAACCGCCCAAGUGGGCAACACAAGUUGGUAGACUGGAUAAUGCCACAUUUAUCUGAGAGAAGAAAAUUGAAGAAGAUAAUGGACCGUCAAUUGGAGGGAAAAUAUCCUUCCAAAGCUGCAUUUCGAAUAGCCCAGCUUGCUUUAAAAUGUCUUGAACCUGAACAUAAGAAUCGUCCAUCAAUGAAAGAAGUUGUAGAGACUUUGGAAAAGAUUGAGUCAACCAAUGAAAAGCCAACAGAGCCUAGAAAUCGUUCUGCUCAUCACACAACUCGCAGACAUGGCCAGCAGCCAUUGCACCAUCGAUCUCCACUUGCUCCAAAGCAUGAAGCAGGUCGUGCCUAUCAGAAUCCACCACCACUGAGGUAAGUCGGCACAUUGGUCUAAUUGGUUGCAGAUCUCAAAUUAGCAUGUUAAUUGUUUCACAGACAAUUCCCAUUUCUUUAUUUUGUUUUUUUUUUAUUUUUUAAGAAUCUACAACGAGUUUAAUUUUUGUAGUGUGACUUAUGUUGGACAUAUGACUAUGUUUGUAGUUAAAUUGUGAUUAUUUCAGUAAGUACAGCAACUUCAGUUUGAUAUCUUGAUAGAAUAGUUUUAUCUACACUAUUGUGCUGUUUUACGCCACAAAUCUGUAGGUUUAUGAAUCUCAAACAGCAGAGAUAACAGUUGAAUAUUGUGAUGGGAUCCCAAUGAUCAGACCUGCCUAUAUUUUUCGUGUUUUGGUCAUUGAGAACUAUAUUAUUGCUUGCUGUUUUUCAAGUAUUUGAGUGAUAAAGAAAGUUUUCUAGGCUUUGUCUCAGUAGAGUGGUAUUACACAUAAGGUAGAAUAAAAGGCUUUGCUGAAUCGAAUUCGAGAGGACUGUAGAAAGCUGUUUUAUUUGUACCCUUUUUGGAGUUCUUGCUGUUAUUCACAAAUCCGACUUCCAAUUCAAACAAUAUUGGGACUAUAAACUAGCUGAUAAUUUUAUACUCCUUUUUGUAUCAAUAGAUGGAAAGGCAGGCAGCCAUGGACUCUCCUGUCUACCUUGGAAAACAUUUUAUCUUUUCUGUUUUAUUGCUUAAAAAUGUAAGGAACAUGAGAUGCUGGUUACCUUUGUAGCUGAGAUAUUAACCUUCUCAGUAUAACAUCUUCUGCAAGAAACUGAGAAUUCCUUUAAAUCACAUUAGACCUCGCAAUUGGUUCAUACCUUUUGUCCUCUCCUAGUAAAUUACAUUAUAGUUUUUAUUAUUCUAGUCAGUUAGUUCUUUGCUUGUAUUAGAAUUAGUACGUUUGUCCCAGUCCCGCAAUAACUUGUUAUAUGCAAGUGCAAUAAAGAGAAAUCAUGCACUGUCAAUAGUAUACAAGCCAGACAAAGGGCAUUUUUUCUUUUCCAUUGCAAGAUGAGCCACCUGGUUUGUGGCUGCAAUACAUAAUUACAAGCCCCUUUUGCUCCGGAAAAUGAUUAUUUCAACGUGAGUUUGCUUAGGUUCCUUUUGACAGCGUGGUGUGGUUGCAUUUUAUGAUUGGAUCCAAAGGACCUUAAUGUGGAUUUUCCGUACUUAAAGCAGAAGCAGGUAUCCUGGACAAAUUGUGUCAGUAAUACUCACGGGUAUGGGGCUUGUCUUAAGUUUCUCUAGGAUUUCUCCAGAUCAGCCAAUUGUGAAUUGUCUUUAAUCAUAAGGUAUUAUUCAUCAUUGAUCUUACUUUCUAAAACAUCACUUUAAGUAACAAGGUUCCAUGGAAGUUCAAGUAUAAAUUACCGUGUAAAUCACUCUGAGAAUUGCAUUUUACAUAUCUCUGUACUAUAAGAGAUAUGAAUUUAUAUAUAGUACUAAUUUUUUGUUACGAAGGAAACUACUAUCUAGGGAUAGGGAAUGGUUGUUUACGUUAGGAAUUGAAUUCAAGUAUACUA